AAAAAAAAAAAAAAAACGUUCCCGCCUCAUCAUCAGACAAGUGGACAACAAGGCAGCUCGCGCACGACUCACUUGCGAAUGUAAAAUGCAGAUGAAUGCACGAGUCUGGAGCUGGCUGUUAUCUAACGUUAGUUAGGAGGGGAAAAGAAGAGCCAUGAAGAAACACCUGAGUCCUGCAAAACAGCAGCAGCAGAAGCAGCAGCAACCACCGGCGGAUGCCCCGGCUCCGGGCGGCGAGGUUAACGUCACCUACCAACAACUCAACGAGCUCCUGACAAACGGCAGCGGGUUCUACAGCUUACCGACACAACACUUCAACGAGGUCUUCCCCCGAAUAUACAUCGGUAACGCGUUCGUAGCCCAGAAUGCAAUGCGUCUGCAGAAACUCGGAGUGACACACAUCCUCAACGUGGCGGAGGGCACCUCCUUCAUGCAUGUCAACACCAGUGUGGACUUCUAUGCCGGCACGGGUAUCACGUACCAUGGUAUCCAGGCCAACGACACGGAGCAGUUCAACCUCAGUGCCUUCUUUGAGGAAGGGGCCGAUUUUAUUGACAAGGCCCUAGCACACAAUAAUGGAAAAGGGAAAGUGUACGUACACUGCAGAGAAGGGUACAGCCGCUCCCCUACCAUGGUUGUUGCUUACCUCAUGCUGCGCCACAAAAUGGAUGCCCGGCUGGCGGUGGCCACCGUGAGGCAUAAGAGAGAAAUUGGUCCCAACGACGGCUUCCUUCGCCAACUGUGCCAACUUAACGAGAAGCUGGCAAAGGAAGGCAAGCUGAACGGGGAGGUGGGCAAACUAAAGACCAAGUGAAAGCAGGACAAACCCUCUGCCCUGUCUCCUCCCAUCAUGCCUUUCACAGGCGUUCAGCUACUCUCGGACCCCGCCCUGACCAAACCAGCACCCAUCUGACACACCAAGGGGUAUUCUGAAACACAAACAUACAAGCAUUUAUCUGUGUAGAUAAUUAUUCUUCAUGCGCACACACACAAUCUCACACAUUUUCGUUUAUAAAUCUUCAGUUCACAUCUGUCACUGCUGCGUGUAAAGAGGGCUUGUGUCAGUCCUCUGCUUCCUUCCACAAAGAGUGUGAUCUCACAAACUCCCCCCCCCUUUUUUUAAACUCCACACAGAUGUGCAGACAUUUCGCUGCUAGCACCCAAAAGCAGUACCUUAAAGCAUUCCUGCAAUCCUCCGCAAGUUGAGAAGGUGAAAACUUUGCCCUGAUUUUUAAGAUUAUAGCACAAUCAUUCCAUAGUUUUCCACUGCCGGGAAUAUCAGUAAUGUCUCCGCCAGCAGGACGACUCUAUAAACCCCAAAUGAACUGUUAGAUGUUAAAAAGUCGACGGCCACACAAGAUGCAGACAAAAUAUGCCAUAUGUGAAUGCAUAGAGGAAAAUCCAUAAACAUUCCAUGAAAACUGAAAACAAAACAAAAAAACGCUCGAUCCGUAAAAUUCUCUUCUACCCUUAGGGGCAGAUAUUUAAUGCACAAACACAAAUAAUUCACACUAAUGCAAGCUGUAACUCUGUGUAGCAUUUCAGUCGGCAUCCUCGACUCUCUCCGGCCUCUAGUUUGAUGGCGGUAGCACUGAGGCACGGGGCAGCAGGAACAGCGACAGAAAAGGUCGAGCUAAUUAAAAAUAACGAGCUGCUGAGUGGGUUGUUUACGUAGCAGAACAUAUUUGCCUGCUGAUUUGACGAAUGUUCAUUAACGCUAAAUGUGACGUUAUUUCGGUUUGUCACUGAGCUCAGUCAUCCUGCAGUACAAUGUCUGAGAGCAACAUUGGACUGAAUAUUCUCUUCAAAAAAAUACAGCUAAGAUACAGGAUUUGAUUUCUAAAGUGGUGUAUUUACAAUUUAAAUUUCCUCCUGCAUUGAAAAUAAUAAGAGUGGCAGUCUUUUGAAGUUAUUCUAAUAUAGUUAGACAUGUCAUUUUACUCACCAACUUUCAUUAUCUGGAGAAAAGGAGAGGUUGAUAAAUACACCAAUCACAAUCUGCUGGUUCGGUUUGUGUGUUAGAGGCAAGUUUUACUACUACUACUAGUGGGAAACACUUUUAAUGAGCACUGUAACAGUUUUCCAGAGCUUUACACAAGUGUGUUUUUACAUCCAUCGUUUUACACGUGUAACUACAUUGAUGCGUUUUGGGCUUUGAACGCUGCCAAAAGGCAGAUGACCUACACUCUGAACUAGGGGUGUGACGAGACGCUCGGCUCACGAGACCGAGACAAGAUGCAAUUUUAACACUAUUUUAAAGAAAAUUUUAUUAAGAAAUUAAGAAAUAUGACUGGAAAAAUAGUCUUUACUCAGAGAACCAAGGUUCAAACGUGACCAAGUGUUUCAUUGCAACAGUAAACAAGUAAGUGGGCUGCUCUUUGUAUCGAUUUAUGGCCAUUUUAAGAGGAGGGGAGAACAUUUCUCUUUUUUAAUAUCUGAACAACAGAAACACCACUUAAUCUCUUGUUCCUUGUCUUUUGGCAAUAAACUAAGUUGAGAUUUGAUCAUAGCUGAUAAAUGCUACUACAUGUUGCACUGAGCGACAAAAUAAACAUAAACACAGCUUAAUGAUAGUUGAAUAUUCAGUUAGUUGACUGCCAGAAAAUUAGUCUUCAAAUAUUUUGGUAAUUGUUUUCAUUGUUUUCCAAGCAUUGUUUUCCAGUUUACCACCUUCAAACUAGAGGCCUUUUUAGUUUUAGCAGUCAGAUGCAUCACAAGGGAAGGAUGCCACCAACUCUUCCAACUGAAAGUUCCAGUCAUCACGCCAGAGAGUUGUCCACUGCCACUUCCCUGACACAGCCAUUCGGUCAGUAUCCAACACCACUGUCUCAUCAACACAGUUUUGUCAGCGGUCCAUACACAACAUGUCUCACUCCAAAGUGUGUGUGUCAUACAGUAAUUAAUAAUGCCUGACUUUAUGCACACACAGGGUCACAUCACACUUUAUGUUUGUAUGUACUUAAGCAUUGCAAUAUAUGUCAAUACCCCCAUCAGAUAUAUAGAAUGUACUCACAUCUAAAUACAAACAGUAGUUCAACAAUACAUUUUGAAAGUAUCUAUUACUGUAAACUAAAUCGGUGCCAGGAAGGACGGCAAUGGAGUGUUUUAAAAAAAAAAAAAAAAACUUGAGAGAGUUGUUUUUGAGACAAAUUCCCAUCAAAGUGCAGGCGGUUUGAGAUGGGAAGGCAGAGCUGUUGAGCUGGAUGACCACCAGCAUCACUCAGAAAAGAGUUCACUUUGUCCCUCACAUCAGAUUGCAUAUUAACAAAUGGCCUCGGGGCAUGUUAGCAUGAAUCCAGAGCAAUAGUUGUCUCAGAAAGGCGAGCGGAAACUAGGUUGUCUCACCCCAUUAAUGGCACUAUUUAUUCCUCCUUUGAUAUAUCUGUAUACAUAUGAAUAUAUACAUGUAUACUGUAUAUACAUAUUUAAGUGUUGACAUAUAUGAAUGUAUGAGCAAUGUGUCUAUAACGUGUAGGUAUCGUCAGUAUGUCUUAAGUCUUUAUAUAUCAUGUUAUAUUUGUACAUGGCAUCAAGGAUUAGCUCCUGCAUUCUUUCUGUUCCACAGUUGAUUACAUGUACAUUCAUAUUCAAGUAGAAUGUACAUGUAAAAUAUUGCGUGUGAUUGUGAUGUAUCUUAUCACAAUGAUAGCAGGGUUCUUUUUUUCCAAGCUGGGAUGCUGAGGCAUGUCAUCAUCAUGUUUACUAAUGUUUUGUACAGUUUUAAGUUCCCAUGGUAAUUUAUUCAUAAUAUACAGCAAGAUGCAGGUGGCAGCAUAAGACGGACACGGAUUAUCUGGGAUAUUACAUCAUGUCCAAGGAUACAUAUUCAUCCCUCAGAACAUUUACAGAAGCUGGACGUUUUCUGUGAAGAUUGAUAUUUCUGUUUCUCUGCAUGAGAAUGAACUUAAUCUCCAGCUACACUUUAUAUUUCAAUGCAAUGUUUUUAGCCGCAAAACACAAAUAUCACUCAAAUAUAUUCACAUAUAGCAGGCAGCAGACUCUCCUCUUGUGUUCGGACACAUUAUUUUAAGACUGGUCUGUAAUCUUAGCCCUUCUUUUUGGAUUUUAACUAGUCUAAUUCAAGUUGGACUGACAUAUUUUAUCCCUAAAACAUUAGCCACCCUUUCCCCAGGGUACUUAAGAACCAUGAUAACAGUCAGUGACACCUACUGACCAGUUCCACCAAAAAGAGCAAGACUUGGCUCAUAAAUUGUGGUUUGUUGUAAAGCGAGUAAUUUAGAAGGGAAAUAGUUUUUAGAGAGAGCAGUAACAUAUUGUAAAUAUGCCGUGAGGACAUAAUUGAGUCGUUUUUAGAAAUGUAAAUCAUGUUUUUUUCCCCAUACAAUAUUAUAUCCAUUCUUUGGACAGUGACACCAUAUUUACUGAUAUACCACAAACAAGACCGAUACAAGACAUAAACAUAAGCCCAUUUAACACAAUCCGUUACAUUUCUAUGUUUACAAAAAGCAACUAAAAUAUGAAUUGACAAUUUCAUUACUAAGCUCUUUCAGACAUCUAAAUUAAAAACACACAUACUCGGUUAAUAGAAUAAAUAUGAAGUGGCAAUUUCAAACUAAGGGUGAAUCUUAAAGAUGACGAUAUGUAUCGAUAUUUUCCCUUUGUAUUCAUAAUAUUGGAUUGUUGAGGAUUGAAUCGAUAUAUAUCAGUGCAGAUCAAUGUACACGCCAGAUCAUUUUGAUGUUUUCUGCUGCGAAUCGUUUCUUGUCUCGUUCCACUCGUUGCAAAAUGUUUGCUGUGUCAAUUCAACUGUUUAAUUACUCCAGAAGACAAACAUUUCCUGCCGGAGUAAACAGAGCUGAGCAGUUCGACGCGGUUACUCAACCAAGGUAAAGAUUUCGAGGGUCAGUUGUGGGGAAAAGUACUUCAGACUCAAAUAAAUACAGCCUGAUAUCAUAAGAUCCCAUCUUUAAAUACAAUCUCAAAACAUGCAUUGAAAUGCCAAGUGUUGCUGUAGCCUCUGACUCGGUAUUGGCCUGGAGGACAAGUCUGAGAAGGGAAUAUUUUCACAGGGAGUUAGAAGCGAGGGCAAACUGUCUCAAAACUUUGCUGAGUGACAACAUGAGUGCAGUGAUGUCUCUCAUGGGGCGACGUAACAAGUUUGCACUGGUUCUGGCUGCAAGUGCUGGGUCACGUACCGGUUGUUCCCUUGGUUUGGUCAUCUCAUGCACGUGUAAAAGGUUUUAGAUCUUCAAAGCAGCACGCUUUGAUUUCACACGUCUUGCAAGCGCUGCUUCCUGUUUUGCAUCCGGCGAGCCUGAAUUUGAGACCAUUUUCAAGUAUAAUUUAGCGCACGUGUCUCACUGCAUGUCCCCACCACCUCGUCUUGAACCCCAAACCACACAACAAUAAAGUCAUUGAGUAGAUUUACAUUACAAUAGCCAGAGGGACCGCUUACCUCUGUGACCUCGCACAAACACGUUACACACCAAGAUUGUCUUGUGCCACUGUUCCAAAAGUCUAUUUUUCUGUUCAUGAUUGGCUUUUUUUGUCAUUCACAUGGACUCUGUUUCACUCAUACAAAUAUACACAUCUGCUCCACAAUACUGCCCUCCUUCUGAAUUCACAAAAGGCAAUUUCAGUAUUACUUGUUGACUUUUGCAUCAAAGUAUGUGUUUUUUAAAUUUGAGAAUUAUUGGGGUAAAAAUCGGUCCAGGAUGAGGGUAUGUACUUUAUAGCAUCAACUGCCUACACCAACCUGCUUAUUGAUAUAAUCAUUGACAGCUUUUGGUUCCCAAGAUAGUCUUGAUAAAUACAAACACUAGCCAAACUAGCCAUGGUAGAUGUUUUCAUAUUUUGUAUCUACUAUUUACAUGGCAAAACUGUACAGCUCUUCCUUUUUGGGUGAAGCAAAGAUGGAACAUAGUAUUCCUAAAAAAAGAAGAAAGCGUCUAUGAUGGCUACACCGCUGGCUUCACACUCUCUUUUAUGCAUCGAGUAAGAGACAAACACUGCCACCUGCUGUUCAACAACAAGUUAUUUUCUGAUAAUUCAACGUCAUGAAGAGGUACAAUCCAACCACCUGGUUUUUUUUUCUGUCAAAUGGCACUCCUUACUGUAAAACCCUGUAAUGUCAAGAUGUUUAACAAGGUACCAGCAUCGUUUUGUGGGUUAUACUCCAGGUACAGUACUUUAUGUAUUAUUGAGAAUGUCAAAUGUGAAAUGCCAUUGAUGUACAUUGUUAUAUAUACUGAGUAUGUAACACGCACUAAGGCAGUUGUGAAUUGCUGCAUUUUACCGUCUUAACUGGCCUACUAUAUAAAUAGGACAUUGUUUGAUAUUGGAUCUUGUGAGUUGAAAUUGCAGAUGACUUCUUCUCUCCUUCUUCUUCCUUUUUGAGUUGAUCUUUCCUUUAGAUGUGUCCUGUUACAAGGAUGUAAUUUGAUUAUAGGUUCAAUAUGUUUUCUCUGCUAAUAAAGAAGGCUAUUUUUUGUACAGUAGGAAAUCAUGAAAACGUGAUUGUGACCUACUUCUGUUGACCUAAUCAUUGAGCUAAACACAGUACGUCAUUAUCCGUGUUGUUUUUGGAUGAGUCACUUAUAACGGUAACUGGACCAGGCGGUAAUUGUAAUUUAUUCACAGUGCUUUUUGAAAACAGAAUGAGUUACCAGAGUGGAGACAUGGAUUAAAUCAUUUGGAGAGAACCAGGUAGUGUUGUUUUUUUUAUCACAAAAAAGAACAUUAAAUUGUAUCUCAGCCAUCUGCGCUGAAGUAGGCAAAAACCGGAGCUGUUUAAACCCUCUGUGACUGACAGUCGAUAUCUUACAUCAUGGAAACUCAUCUGGCAGAACUUACCGAAAGUUGUCCACGAUGCAGUAAACUCCAUCCAUCUGGUACUCUUGAGAGUGUUCAAACAAACACCGGAAAUUACUUACAAAUACUGUUUGGCCCAGGUGAAGUGCAGAGCUGCAAUCUUCCUCCUUCUUGCUCCCAUUCUGAUAAACAGCUUAAAGCAGAAGUUUUAGCACAAAUGAGCCCACUGCCUGACUCCUCCUGGAGUCCAUUACACAGUUGACGUCUUACCUUGUCACAUUUCUGUUUGUGUGAAGAUGUCACGGAGGACAUUGUUGGGAUUUUUGGAUUGGCUGUUUAUAAGUAUAUCCACAUAUAUAUAAAUUCGUCACCGCCACUGACAUCUCGACGAACACAGCACCCCACCCAAAGCCUUACAGGAAAGAUUGAUUCUUUAGAUUGUUUUUUCAAUUUGUGUAUCUCACUUCACACAGUAGGAAGGGACGGCUCCCUUACAGGAUGAGACAUUGUUGAAGUGCACUUGAUUUUAAAUUGCAAUGUUAUUUUUCUUACCUUGGAGAAGUCUCUUCUUUCUUACGUUUAAGAAAUAAAUGGCUGAGGUAUUAACAUCU